UUUGCCACAUACAGAUUUGAUUACGGAAGUGGACAAAAUAACAUUCCAUUUUAGAAGAAGAAGAAAGGCCUUCUGGCUCAUCAAUCUUUGGCCCAAAAAAGAAAACCAGAGCUGUAAAUUUCUUCAUCAACUCACACCAUCCUCACACAACUUCUCAUCUAUCUUUAUAUCUAUUUUUGAGGGAAAAAAAAGAAGAUAGAAUAGGUUGAUUCUGAGGUAUCCAUUAUCUGGGGCUUUGAAUUUUUGAAGGUGUGUGUUUUCAUUAAGAGUUAGAAACCUCUUAAUGUUUUGUGUCCUUGGAGGUUGAAGUGGAAAUGAAGUCUGUGGGUUGAGAGGUUAAAGUGGGAAUAAGUUGGAAUGACAUGUACAGAGGGAGCGAAUUAAAGUUGUUGACUUUGAAGGCAUAUGAAUGAAUUCAUGUUUGGGUUUUCUAAAUGGGAUUAUUUAAUUUCUCCAUUUUGUUUUGUGAUUUUUAGAAUCGUUUCUUAUGAGAUUAAAGAGGAUUUUCUGGAAAAGGAACUGCUGGAUUUCAAUUGAAGAUUUGGGGAUUCUUGUGGUUUCCGAAAAAAAAUAAAAAAUAAAAAAAAAUAGUGAAUUUAUUUAUUAGGGUUCUUAAAUACACCCUUUUGAAGAGACAACAUAUCAAGAAAGGAAUUCCCAAUUCCCAAUUCGGCUCCCUUAGUGUUCUUGAGGCUUGUGAUUAAGAGAGAGAGAUGCAGCGGGUUCGAGUUUCUUCGCAUCAGGUGCCUGUGCACAAGUUGGGGGAUUCCCAAAUGACCUUAUCCCCAAAGUUUAGGUUAGCUGCAAUACAAUCAUCUUUGUCGGAUCCUUCUUUGGAAUUGGAAUUGUGUAUGAGGGGAGAACCCCUCAUUCCAGGCCUCUCUGAUGAUAUCGCUCUCAAUUGUCUCCUCCGGCUUCCAGUUGAGAGCCAUGGGGCCUGCAGGGCUGUUUGCAAGCGUUGGUAUCUAUUGCUAGGCAACAAGGAGCGAUUCUUCACCCGGAGAAAGGAACUUGGGUUUCAUGACCCUUGGCUAUUUGUGUUUGCCUUCCACAAAUGCACUGGAAAAAUUUUGUGGCAUGUUCUUGACCUCAUCCACUUCUCUUGGCAUACUAUCCCCACAAUGCCUUGCAAGGACAAGGUUUGCCCCCAUGGAUUUAGGUGUGUUUCCAUCCCCAACGAGGGUGUUAUUUUCGUCUGUGGUGGUGUGGUUUCUGAUGUGGAUUGCCCCAUCAACUUGGUAUUGAAAUAUGAAAUACAGAGGAAUCGUUGGACUGCGUUGAAAAAGAUGAUCACUGCACGGGCAUUUUUUGCUAGUGGGGUGAUUGAUGGGAUGAUUUAUGUGGCUGGAGGAAAUAGCACAAAUCUCCUCGAGCUUAAUUCAGCUGAAGUAAUGAACCCUGCUAAGGGGAUUUGGCAGCCUGUUGCAAGCAUGGGAACCAACAUGACCUCUUAUGAUGCAGCAGUUCUCAACGGAAAGCUUCUUGUAACUGAAGGAUGGUUUUGGCCUUUUUAUUUCGUACCUAGGGGUCAGAUUUAUGACCCAAGAACUGAUCUUUGGGAGAAUAUGGCUGCUGGGCUGAGAGAAGGCUGGACUGGUUCCAGUGUUGUGGUUUACGGGCACUUGUUUGUGGUUUCAGAGCAUGAAAGAACAAAACUUAAGGUUUAUGACACAGACACUGAUUCUUGGGAACGAGUAGUAGGACCUCCUUUACCGGAGCAGAUAUGCAAGCCUUUCACUGUCAGUUGCUGUGAUUGUAGGAUCUAUGUUGUGGGUCGGAAUCUUCAUGUUGCUGUGGGCCAUAUCUUGAGGCUGGAACCAGAAAGCACUUGUGAGAAAAAGUUGAGCUUUUCUGUUCAGUGGCAAGUGGUGGAUGCACCGGAAGCCUUCUCCGAACUCACACCUUCAAGUGCACAGGUUCUGUUUGCUUAAUUUCUUUUUAAGUAUAAUGUUCUGCGUAAAUUGUAACCAUACCAAAAUGUCAAAGCUGUUGAGUGAUGAAAGUUGUGUGAAAUGGCUCUUAAUGUUAUUAGUUCAGGUGUACUAAUCACAAGGCCUUUUUUUUCCUUCUCACUUUCUUGUUCAAAUGCAUGUUGUGGACGUUUCAACCUUAAUUGAAUUGUGUGUCCUGGUAUUCUGGUAUUCUUGGA